CAGGCAAUAUCAGGAGCAUCCUAUGAGCGCUUCCUUGACGCGGAUUAAAUUGCGCACAGUUUUUGGCCCGACUCGCUGUAAUCCGGUCAUUUCUACACAAACCGCCACUAAUCUGCCUUUACAAGCGGCAAAAUGCUCGCCACCAUCCGCAGACAACUCAGACACCACCCCGCUCUGAUCCCCCUGUUCUUCUUCAUCGGGGGAGGAACAUGCAUGUCCCUGGCGUACCUGGCUCGUCUCGGCCUGAGAAACCCUGAUGUGUGCUGGGAUCGCAAGAACAAUCCGGAGCCCUGGAACAAGCUCGGCCCGACCGAUCAGUACAAGUUUUUCACAGUGAACAUGGACUACAGCAAACUGAAGAAGGACCGUCCUGAUUUCUAAAGAGCUCACCCGCUGGACCAAAAGCACAAAGACGAGCUGAUCCGCACAGACAGCCGAGCCCCCCCCCCCCCGUCAUAUCCACUUUGGGAAUCUGAGGGAUGCAGAAGCCGAAACCCGCACAAAGAUUCGUAUUUAAGUUCCUCAUCGCAUCCCAUCUGGCUUCUUAAAACUUUUUUUUUCUCUCACUUUUAAUGGUUGUCAAUAAAGUCAGGAGUCUCUUCUCCUCCAUACAGA